AUGUGGACGAGUGUGUAGAAGGGACCGACAACUGCCACAUUGAUGCUAUCUGCCAGAACACCCCACGGUCAUACAAGUGCAUCUGCAAGUCUGGCUAUACAGGGGAUGGUAAACAUUGCAAAGAUGUGGAUGAGUGUGAACGAGAGGAUAAUGCAGGUUGUGUGCAUGACUGUGUCAACAUCCCUGGCAAUUACCGAUGCACCUGCUAUGAUGGAUUCCACCUGGCACAUGAUGGACACAACUGUCUGGAUGUGGAUGAGUGUGCUGAGGGCAACGGCGGCUGUCAGCAGAGCUGUGUCAACAUGAUGGGCAGCUAUGAGUGCCACUGCCGGGAAGGCUUCUUCCUCAGCGACAAUCAGCACACAUGCAUCCAGAGGCCAGAAGAAGGAAUGAAUUGCAUGAACAAGAACCAUGGCUGUGCUCACAUUUGCCGGGAGACACCCAAAGGGGGUAUUGCCUGUGAAUGCCGUCCUGGCUUUGAGCUCACCAAGAACCAGCGGGACUGUAAAUUGACGUGCAACUAUGGUAACGGUGGCUGCCAACACACGUGCGAUGACACAGAGCAGGGUCCCCGGUGCGGCUGCCAUGUCAAGUUUGUGCUCCACACUGAUGGGAAGACGUGCAUCGGGGAAAGGCGGCUAGAGCAGCACAUGCCCCCUCAGGCCGUUUCUAAUGAGACCUGUGCUGUUAACAACGGAGGCUGCGACAGUAAGUGCCACGAUGCAGCGACGGGUGUCCACUGCAGCUGCCCUGUGGGCUUCAUGCUGCAGCCAGACAGGAAGACCUGCAAAGACAUAGAUGAGUGCCGCUUGAACAAUGGGGGCUGUGAUCACAUUUGCCGCAACACGGUGGGCAGCUUCGAAUGCAGCUGCAAGAAGGGCUAUAAGCUUCUUAUUAAUGAGAGAAACUGCCAAGAUAUAGAUGAGUGUUCCUUUGAUCGAACCUGUGACCACAUAUGUGUCAACACACCUGGAAGCUUCCAGUGCCUCUGCCAUCAUGGCUAUGUGCUGUAUGGUGUCACCCACUGUGGGGAUGUGGAUGAGUGCAGCAUCAACCGGGGAGGUUGCCGCUUUGUUUGCAUCAACACUCCUGGCAGUUACCAGUGUACUUGCCCAGCAGGCCAGGGCCGGCUGCACUGGAAUGGCAAAGAUUGCACAGAGCCAGUAAAGUGUCAGAGCAGUCCUGGUGCCUCGAAAGCUGUGCUCAGCUGCAACCGGUCUGGCAAGAAGGACACCUGUGCCCUGACCUGCCCCUCCCGGGCCCGGUUUUUGCCAGAGUCUGAGAAUGGCUUCACGGUGAGCUGUGGCACCCCCAGCCCCAAAGCCACUCCAGCCCGGGCUGGCCAAACUGGGAACAGCACAAACUCCAACCACUGCCAUGAGGCUGCAGUGUUGUCAGUUAAACAGCGGGCUUCCUUCAAGAUCAAGGACGCCAAAUGCCGCCUGCACCUGAGAAACAAAAGCAAAACGGAGGAGGCCAGCAGAAUCAUGGGGCCAGGUGGUGCCCCCUGCUCUGACUGCCAGGUCACCUUCAUCCACCUCAAGUGUGACUCCUCUCGGAAGGGCAAGGGCCGGCGGGCCCGGACCCCUCCAGGCAAGGAAGUCACUCGGCUCACCCUGGAACUGGAGGCAGAGGUCAGAGCCGAAGAAACCACAGCUGGCUGUGGACUGCCCUGCCUCCGACAACGAAUGGAACGGCGGCUGAAAGGGUCUCUGAAGAUGCUUAGAAAGUCCAUCAACCAGGACCACUUCCUGCUGCGCUUGGCAGGGCUUGAUUAUGAACUAGCCCACAAGCUGGGCCCAGUAGCUGGGGAGCGAGCUGAGCUGGUAGAGGCCUGUAGGCCUGGGCAGCACCGUGCUGGGGCCAAGUGUGUCAGCUGCCCGCAGGGGACGUAUUACCACGGCCAGAUGGAGCAGUGUGUGCCAUGCCCAGCGGGCACCUUCCAGGAGAGAGAAGGGCAGCUCUCCUGCGACCUUUGUCCUGGGAGUGAUGCCCAGGGGCCUCUCGGAGCCACCAACAUCACCACGUGUGCAGGUCAGUGCUCACCUGGCCAAUACUCUGUAAAUGGGUUCAAGCCCUGCCACCCAUGUCCACGUGGCACCUACCAACCUGAAGCAGGACGGACCCUGUGCUUCUCAUGUGGUGGGAGCCUUCCCACCAAGCACGAGGGGGCCAUCUCCUUCCAAGACUGUGACACCAAAGUCCAGUGCUCCCCUGGGCAUUACUACAACACCAGCAUCCACCGCUGUAUCCGCUGUGCCAUGGGCUCCUAUCAGCCUGACUUCCGUCAGAACUUCUGCACCCGCUGUCCAGGAAACACAAGCACAGACUUUGAUGGCUCCACCAGUGUGGCCCAGUGCAAGAAUCGCCAGUGUGGUGGGGAGCUGGGUGAGUUCACUGGCUAUAUCGAGUCCCCCAACUACCCAGGCAACUACCCAGCAGGCGUGGAGUGCAUCUGGAACAUCAACCCCCCACCCAAGCGAAAGAUCCUUAUUGUGGUACCCGAGAUCUUCCUGCCAUCAGAGGAUGAGUGUGGGGACGUCCUCGUCAUGAGAAAGAACUCCUCCCCAGCCUCCAUUACCACCUAUGAGACCUGCCAGACCUACGAGCGCCCCAUCGCCUUCACAGCCCGCUCUAGGAAGCUGUGGAUUAACUUCAAGACAAGUGAGGCCAACAGUGCCCGUGGCUUCCAGAUCCCCUAUGUUACCUAUGAUGAGGACUAUGAGCAGUUGGUAGAAGACAUUGUACGAGAUGGCCGGCUCUACGCAUCUGAAAACCACCAGGAGAUCUUAAAGGACAAGAAGCUCAUCAAGGCCUUCUUUGAGGUGCUGGCCCACCCCCAGAACUACUUCAAGUACACAGAAAAGCACAAGGAGAUGCUGCCAAAAUCCUUCAUCAAGCUGCUCCGCUCCAAAGUUUCCAGCUUCCUGAGGCCCUACAAAUAGUGCCUCUAAGUCCAAGACCCAGGUUUUGAAGCCCCAGACUCCUUAGCCCUGGGAGCCAGCAGCUCCACCCUCAGAUGAGGAACUCUCUCCUUCUUUCUGGAGGACAAAAAAAAAACAUAACUAUAUAGACAAGGACUCUCACUUCCUGUCUGUCUAGCUUCCUUUCCUUCUCUCUGUGUGUGUGUCUCUCUUUACUGUUUUCCCUUUUCCUUCAUACUCCCUGGAAAAGCCAUUCAGUGCUGGCUCUAUUCCCGCCUGAGGGGAGAAGGAACAAUACCUCCCUUCCUCUCCCCAGCCAUACUGCCUGUUUUACCAGCUCACAUCCCUGCCUCCAUCAACCUGGAAGGGUGCUAGAGGCCCAUGAAGGAAGUGGGUCUAGUACAGAAUGGGGAGGAGUAAGAGGGGCUUCUGCCAUUAUAGGGUUAUGCCUUGCUACUCAGGAGCCAAAAUCUUCCUUGGCUGUGCCCCAAAGAAGCCUUUAACUUACAGGCUUAAUGCCAGCACUGGCCCACUGGGGCAUGUGGUUUGAGCUCUGGACUGCCCAUGCAGCCAGCUUUAUUGUCUUGAGAGCUCCUCUCCUUCUUCCCCUACAUGUCUGCCUGGGGUCCAGUCCAUGAGGGCUUACAAAAGGCCCACACCACUGGGUAACAGACACCAGCUGAAAAAGGAAGAG